AUGCCCAAAAAGCACAGGACAUCGCUGCAAUAUACAAAACCGAAAAAUACACCACAUCAUUCGCUCGAAUCAUCAAGAGCCAAUGAUAAUGCCCGGUUUUGUACCGCGGGACCCGCCAGGGUUCCGCAGCGUUCUGUGGACGACGCAUCAUCAGUCAACGACCUAAUCAAUCAUUUACGACUCACACAAGGAAAUGUUUCUUCUGAUAUCACUCACUCAUCUUCUUCACGCCCUUUCACGUCGCAACGAUCUGUCCCACCAGCUUUGCGGGAAAUUCUGGAGAUUCCUGAACCUUCCCAACCGCGCCCUCGGCCAAAUGCAGGCCGGACUCCCAUCGGUGCUCGUCGCCUACGUGUUGCUCCAGGCCCUCCAGCACCGAUGAGCUGGUCUACUGGGAGUAACACCAGUGUGGAUCGAAAUACGGACAGACUCAAGAAUCCUGUACCUACCAAUCAACAAAUUCACCGCUUGGAAAGGCUCCCCGGUGCUGCCUUUCCCAGGAAAGGAAGCCUCAAGCAUACGGUUUUGGUAUCGAUGGCCCAAAAUUGGGCAUGGCAUGUCCAGUACGACGGCCUGUAUUUGUCCCAGCUGCCCAGUAAUGUUAAAGCGGUCUUAUUAAGCUAUCUGGCUCAGUUCCAGACAGAACAGCCAUUGGCAGAGUCCACGAAUGGACUCACUGUGCUUUUCCCGUUGAGGGAGAAUGAGGUGGACUCGGUGGACAUCGACGCCUUUCUUUAUAUUUCUGAUUCGGAUGCAAUGGGCAAUCGACUAGAUCUUGGAAAUUCUCUGGGGCGUUGGUGUUCGUUCAAGAAGCUCAACAGGAUAUUCCGGGAUAUCCACUCAGCGGGUCAUUCAUAUGAAAAUGCAUCCGAUGAGCUUGUUCCGGAUUCUUGGGAUGUUUCUGAACCAGAAUACGACCAAAGUCACAUUCCUCGCCCUAUGAGCCAACAACUGUGCUUCGAUAAUCUGAAAUACCUUUCUUUCGCGCACCCAGCCCCCAUUGAAGCUGACUGGUCGGAGCUUUUGAAGUUGCUUUCCCACCUACCCAAAAUCACCCACCUCUCUCUCGCUUACUGGCCCUGUCCAAAACCUUACACCACCCGCCAUGUGCAAUCCUACUUGGAUAUCAACGUGGAUAUUAAGACCACACAAUACCAUGCAACAAAUAUCCUCAAACAACUCUCUCGCAAGACGUACUGCCUGAAAUGGUUGGACAUGGAAGGAUGCUCUGACUGGUUGCCACUACUCCUGUGGCCGCACAUUUAUGAUACCGAUAUGCCCGAUGGCCCUGAGUGGAAUGGGAGCUGGCGAAACGUGGUCUGGCUUAACCUCGCACCUGGCUGGCGCCUGAAUGUCCCAGAUGGGCUGAAGGAUCAUACUCCCGGAUCAACAGUGCCGGCUCACCUUAUCACAGACUUGCAUAUGUAUCAGCAGGACAUCCGCACAUAUGCUGUGCUCAUAUCCAAAGCUAAAUACGUUUUGGGGAGUCUCAAUAAGAAACGAGCAAAGAUGCGCGGGAAACUGGCGCAGGCUGACACUGGGGAAGAAGAAUGGAAAAAGGCGGAAGUCCUUCUGAAGGGCAUGCGUAUGCCUGGUUAG